CUCAGCGUCCCUCUCCGCUUCGGGCAGAGAAAGCCACGACUGUUGCUUGGUGUGUUCAGCUCAGCAGACGGCUGCGCCCUCUCUGUGUCUGUAGGCUUUAACAACUGACCAUUCAGGACCUGCGUUUAUUAGCAGCCUGUCCUCACUCGGCGACACUCGGAAACAUGAAUGGAAAGUCCGCUAACGGUACGCUGGGAGGAAUGGCCUGUAUCGAGGGUCUACCGCCGCUGCCGAAGAGCCUCAGCGGGCUGCUGAACUCGAGCGGCGGCUCGUGGAGAGAAAUGGAGAGGAUGUACGUGAAGAAAACCAUGAUCCAGGACGACCUGAGCCGAGGCAGGAACAACACCGACAGCCUCCUGGCCAGCAAGCCUGCCAACCUGGACGCUGCUCUGGCUCUCCUGCGGAAAGAGAUGGUAGGGCUGCGCCAACAGGACAUGUCCCUGCUGUGCCAGCUGUGGUCGCUCCACGAGUCCAUCCAGGAGUACAAGGGCAGCUGCCACGACCUCAGCGCCGCCUCCAGCCUCAGCAUGAUGGAGAACGGCUACUUUGACGAGGAUGAUGAAUACUACGCAGAGCCGGGCUCCACUCCCACCGGGGAGCAUCCGGACGGGGAGGCCGGGGACGGCAGCUCAGCGAUGGCCGCGGCCAAGAACGGGAACCUCAGCAGCGGCAAAGAGGACAGCUGGGACUCCUUCCGCGUUGCCAUCUGAGGCCUGCAUUCAUUUUUUUUUUGUUCUGCAGACGGAUCCAUGUUUUGAGCCAAGCUGUGAGAAGGGAGUGGCUGGGUGGUGUUUCACAUUAAAGCAACAGAAGAAGAAAGAUCUCAUCCUAACUCCUCAGGUGAAACAAACAUCUGUCUUUGCUGGAGGAUGAUUUUUUUUAUUUUAUUUUUAUUAGUUUCAUCAGGAUUUAGAGAUGAGAAAACCAAGACUUAAUAUUAUGUGCUGCUAUUUACUCAGCCAGUCACUCUUCUUUUUUUCUUUUUUCUUUUGCAUAAUCAACAUAUAUGGACAAAGUUUUAUUAUUUAUUACAUAAUACAAAUAACAAAGUAUUCUUUUCCUUUUUAAUCUCAUUGAACAUUUUGUACAAAAGGUACAAACAGAAAGGUUGAAAAUACCUGAACUUUGGACGUUAAACCGGUAGGUUGAGAUGUUUUUAAGAUAUUUGGGUCUCGCUGCAGGAAGAGGAGCUAGUUGGACUGAACAAAAACUGUCACAUUUAUCCCCAUAAAUCUAAAGGAAAACGGGUUAAGUGUUGCUAGUUAACAGCAGAGCAGAACUGGUUUACUGCAUAGGGAGUAAACCUUCAUCGUUUAGGAGGAGCAUUUCUGCCCUGCAAGUCCUACCUGUCUCACUGGAACAUGGAACACCUGAAAGGAGGGGGAAUCAUCUGAGUGGCUGGUUUAUGAUCAGAGUUAGAAACAGUUUAGUUAUAACCAGCCUUUAUUGAGCAGAAUCAGGAAUCAUAAAGAAAGUUUUCUGUUCUUAAAGUUGUUUUUUUAUUGUUUUAUUCAUGUACAAGCUGCACGUAUAUCUGAAAUGGGACAUUUAUAGGGAAAACAGGAGCAGAAUUUGCAGGAAUAAACUUCCCAUUGUGGCCUUUAUGCUCUGCUGAAAGCAUAUUCAAACAGCUGCAGCUUAAACCCCAACUUGUUUGGGUUCUGCCACAGAUAAUCUAAGCAGAAUCCUCUCUGCUGAUGCAGCUCUGCAGCAUUUCUGCAUUCUUUAAGGGGUCCGGUUUAGAUUUAACAACCGCUGCUUCCUUCACACACUGUAGCAGAUGUGAUCGUACUGUUAAUUUAUAAGAAGUUCUGCACACAGAGCAGAAAACCAGCCUUAUUUCUGAUGUAAAUGUAAUCUUUUGCUUUUAGUCUUUCAUUUCGAAUGAUUUUUUUGUCAGUUUCUGCAGCAAAGCGUCCAUCAGAACCUGUAGCGCGUGGCGCCGCACCUCUGUAGCAGCUCUUUUUCCAGGUCAGGCGGCUCGAUUUCUCAACUCGCCAUCAUAUCUGUCACAAACCAAAGGUGCUCAUAACUCAGCAUUGUUUUUGGUUAAAGGUGCUGAUAGGAAAUAUAUGAAUGAUUUGUAUCCAAGGAAUGUUUUUAAGAAAAACCAAGGCUUCAAAUAGGCCGGUUUUCUCCAUUAUGUCUGCAGAUGCACAACGUUUUCAACCAAAAUUCAAUUAGGAUUUAUUUAUCUCAUAUUUGUUUUUGUUUUUUAGUGCAGUUGUUGCACAUUUAAUCUCUUAAGUCAUUUUAUACUCUGACAGUUUGGGUCCUUUCAUACCAGAAAACCUCUUUUACCUUAUGCUUCCGAUUUUGAGUAAUUGUUUAUCGACUCAUUACUAAAAAUUGGGUUUCAUGGGCUCCAAUAAAGUAGCAGCAAUAGCUUGCUCUGUUAUUUUUUUGUGUGCCCAGCUCAUAUAUGGGUAAGAACAUUCAUCAUUGAACAUAUUUAAUCUUCACACCAAUAUUCAGAUUUAUAUCCUGCAUUAGAUUGAAGCUCCUCUAUGAUAGUUGAUCUCAUUCAAUAAGGAUACAUAGGGAGAAGCAGAUAUCAGUGUGCUGAUUGGUUCAGCUUUGUUGCAAUCCUACACUAGCUGCCCACUAUUAAACUUAUCAUAAAUUGAUAAAAAAAAGUAUCAGUAUUUAAUGACAAUUAUGGAUUUUGUUUUUACAUUUAAUUUCCGACUUUAAGAACCACUUCUUUUCGCAUUUCUAUUUAAUUCUAAACAGAGUAAUUCAAGAACAUGAUCAACUAUUAAGUAUUUUCAUGGCUGAAGCAAAAAAAAAAAAAAAAAAAAGGUGGAACUUGAUCUUUGACCA